UCUCGGUUGUUCUCGCGAUACUUGGCUUUUCUGCCUCUCACCGGCCUAGGUGGCUUCAGCCCAUCCCUGCACCUGGUUAUGGCCGAUCCCAAGUAUGCGGACUUGCCCGGCAUUGCCAGGAAUGAGCCUGAUGUUUAUGAAACAAGUGACCUCCCUGAAGAUGAUCAAGCAGAAUUUGAUGCGUUUGCACAAGAGCUGGAGGAGCUAACUAGCACCAGUGUGGAACACAUCAUAGUGAACCCUAAUGCAGCUUAUGACAAAUUUAAGGACAAGAGAGUGGGUACUAAAGGGCUAGAUUUCUCUGAUCGUAUUGGCAAAUCUAAAAGAACUGGCUACGAGUCUGGAGAUUAUGAAAUUUUAGGAGAAGGACUUCAUGCAAAAGAGACCCCUCAGCAGAAAUAUCAGCGGCUACUGCAUGAAGUUCAGGAGCUGACUGCUGAAGUGGAGAAGAUCAAGAACAGCGUAAAGGAGUCCUCAGCAGAGGAGAAACUGACACCAGUUGCUCUUGCAAAACAAGUGGCUGGCCUGAAACAGCAGCUGGUCUCCACCCAUCUGGAGAAACUGUUGGGACCAGAGGCGGCCAUCAACUUAACGGACCCUGAUGGUGCUCUGGCCAAGCGCUUGCUUCUUCAGCUGGAAGCGACAAAAACUGCUAAAAGCGUUUCUACUGGUGGGAAAGGUGCUGCCAAAGUCCCAGCAGGCCCAGAAAACACCGUGACAUACGAACUGCAUUCUCGACCUGAGCAAGACAAGUUCUCUCAAGCUGCUAAAAUAGCAGAAUUGGAGAAGCGUCUGGCUGAAUUGGAAGCGUCAGUUCGUUGUGAACAGGAUGUGCAGAAUCCUCUGUCUGUUGGACUGCAGGGUGCUAGCUUAAUGGAAACUGUGGAACUCUUGCAGGCCAAAGUCAGCUCCUUAGAUGUGGCAACUCUGGACCAGGUGGAGGCAAGGCUACAGAGUGUUUUGGGAAAGGUGAAUGAGAUUGCCAAGCACAAAGCCACAGUAGAGGACGCAGACACCCAAAGCAAGGUUCAUCAGCUGUAUGCACUUGUACAGGAGUGGAGUCCCCUGGCUAGCACCCUCCCUGAGGUGGUGCAGCGCCUAGUUGCUGUGCGGCAGUUGCAUGAGCAAGCCAUGCAAUUUGGGCAGCUGCUGACUCAUUUGGACACUACCCAGCAAAUGAUUGCUAAUUCUCUGAAGGAUAAUGUAACCCUGCUGACACAGGUCCAGAAAGCCAUGAAAGAGAAUUUAGCUGCUGUGGAAGACAAUUUUGCCAACAUCAACUCACGGGUACAGAAGCUGGCCAAAUAAAUCUCCUUAACAGAAAGCCAGGGUUGGAAGAUUUGCCCACUCUGUAAACACACACUAAUUGCUCUGUCCUUUCCCUACCUUUGUCCCUUUUCUUGCAUUCAUAGCAGGAGCUGAACCUUCCUACCGGCUAGAGGACUGAGCGCUUCUAUGUUAAAAGGCAGCUGUGCCCUUCCCUCCUCCCAAUGUUUUUCCAUGUCCCUGAAGGUUGCUGGUUGCAGAGGGGAAAGUGGCACACCCUAGUGGACGGGGAAGCUCUGUCCUAGUGAGGGAGUCACUCUUUGCCCAUUUCUUGAGGAAGGUGCGCUGCCUCUUUGGCCCACAAUGAGGGCCUUUUACAUGGAAAGGUGUCUUUAAUGCUCUCAGCAUGGAGUUGAAUUGUGUUGUAUAAUUAUUUUCUGUCAUUAAACUCUGAUGCUUAC